UACAGAGAGGGCACCCACUUAAUAAAAUUAAGUUCUUGUGGCAUCACUUGGAUCGAAUUGGUGUCGGUCUACCAGUGUCAGGUAUAACUACCACUGCACAAGAAGUGCUUAUAAAGGCAUGUACCACAUAAUUACCGUUAAACCGACAGAAUAAGCAGAGUAUUGCUAUCACAGAAUAAGCAGACAGACUCGACUCUAUAGGAUGCUGUGGAAAUUUUGCUUUUGCACUAUCGUGACUGCCUUCCUGACAAGUGCAAAUUUCUUUUUCACUUGUGGUGCUAAUCAGGUUACUGGUGUUGCUGGAAUUGCUGGCAUUGUAGAAAUCCAAGAGCUUAAAGAUAUAAAGCAGAGUAUUGAUGACCUCAAGGGUUCCACCCAACAAGAUGUCCGAAACCUUCGGGAACAACUGCAGGCUUUGAAGACGCUGAUGGAACAAAAUGCAAGAAGACAUCACAUUCCAGUCUUCCAUGUUCAUUCAUCUGAAGGUAGAUACAAACUGUCCCUUAAUCAAGCUAAACAGGCAUGCAUUGACCGCAAUGCCAAAAUCGCAACACCAGCCCAACUGCGAGCUGCAUGGGAAGACGGACUGGAUGUCUGUGCAUUUGGUUGGGCAUCUGAUGGGAAAAUUUACCUUCCUAUCCGUUACCCUAGACCUGGUUGUUGGGGUAGCAGAGCCCUGACAACUGGACAUAAAGGCUGGAUUGACCAAAAUGCUAGUGGAAAGGCAGAUGUUUAUUGUUUCAAGAUGUAACUUUAUCAUGAAAAUACUGCCGCUUAGUUUUAGACAGCCAAAAAAACUGAAUAAAGCUAAAAUGCCAGCCAAAAAUUGCUGAAUAAAAUGUGGAAGCAAA